AAUCAUAAAAAGCACCCCAUUUCAUAUCCUGCCUGUAAUUUCUAUGAGGAACUGGUAGUUACUUUAGGAGCCAUUUUGGGAGUGGGGGAAGGGGUGGGGGGAGGGCAGUGAGAUAAAUGGAGAAACAAGAUGGUUUAGAAGCAAGUUAUUGUGCUUUGAUUGUUAGUUUCUCUUUUCUGAAACGAAAAUCUUUGACAUGCUUUUAGGUUUAUCAUUUUAGAGGUGAUAUACUUUCAGUUAUAUUAAUUGACAGCUGCAGAAUUCUAAAGCUUAAUUAAGUAUUUAUUCUGUGAAUUUUCCCUCUGAAUAUAUCCAGUUUUAAAUUGUUCCCGGAAGUGCCUCUCUUAUCAUUGUGCUCUGAUUCUGAGUCUGGCUGUGGUGGUGGCUCUCUAUUAUUCUUAGAACCCCGAGCUUCUGUUUGAGUGAUGGGUGAGCAGGAAGUUGCUCAGCAGACAUUUAACUACACUUGGAGAGAAGAAGAUUAAAGUAGACAAUCCUACCUAAUAGCCAGUUAUAACUGGGGAAGAAGCAGGAUAAUUUUCUUACCCUCAUAGGAAUGACAUCAUUUUGCCUAUAAACUCUUAACAGGCUUUUGAUUCUCGAUUGUAGAAGGAACAAGGAAAUUGUCCGGUGCCAAAGAGUGCUUACUUAAAGCCCAAUUGCCUCCUCCCUCGCCUAGGCGUGGGCAGGGACACGGAUCCAGCACUGUAAUUCUGACCACUGCGGCCACGCUUCCUCCAUUCCCACUGAGUGGUUGAGUGCUGGCCUCGGUCUUCCAGCCAAUGGGAGAGGCAAUGCCAAGCAAGGCCGUUGCUUCUAUGGACAGUUUUGUAUUCCCCAUUCUCCAGUGAUGCCCAGUGGACGUUAAGUAGCAUCCAUCUAUGCAAAGGAUCCUACAAUUCCUCCUUGACCUUAAGCCUUCCAUGCCCUUCAUGGAGGAGACUGUUGGAGAGGUCCCAGUGAGCGCCAUGGGGCUAAAGGAGGAGUGGUUGGGAACCUGCUGGGGUUUCAGCUUGGGAUCAAGCUUGGAUGGGAGAGGUGGACGCCUGGAGUAGCAGAUGGAGGAUGGGCCCUCACCAUGAAGCCCCAGCCUCGUGGGCAGAGGCUCUGCUGGGCCACAGGCAGUGUGGGGAAGGCGGGAUCUUUGCGGCAGGACAGGACACUUGGAUUGGAUGCUAUAUCUCGAGGGCCUUAUGUAGCCAGGAACGGACGUAGCAGUGCUAUAGGGCACCCUCCCAGCUUUCCUGUUGGGAGCUUGGGGCUUACUGGGGCAGUGUCACGAUGAAGCAGGGUCCCAUCGGCUCUUCUGGAAGCAUUCUCUCAGUCACAGGGCUUGCUGAAGCCCGUGGUGCGGCACAGUGCACCUGCUCAUUUAACGGAGUCCUCACAGCGGCCGGGGACUCAGGCGUGCCGUCCCCUCCUGCAGGGCAGUGCGAGCUCCAGUGAACUGGGCAGGGUCUCUGCUCUCAAGCUCUAUGCCACGGGGUCUGCAGGGCAUUGAAUUACCCGAGUGUAUCCGCAGCCCCACAGCCGAUCUUCUUCCACACACAGAUCUUCAGACUUAGUACCUUAGUUGUGCUUGGACAUGGAUUGGCCUCACGUGGGGUCUCCUGAGAUAGAUAAGGAUGUCCCACUACACACGCUAACUUAAACUUUGUAAUGCCUUCCAAGGCUUUUACAUGCUUUUAGCGCAUCUUAUUUAUAAAACUAGAACUAGGGGUGGAUCUGGUGACCCAAGGAGUAGUUUGAAUUAUCUGUAGCCUAUAUUUCCUAACAUGAGAUAAGCAAAACAAAAUGAAAAUAUUUGUGCUUACCUGGAAUUGAUCAACAGUGGUUGUGAAUUAUAAAAUGGUUCACGUUCUUUAAUGACAUUUGAAGAGUGGCAUGACAAAUGUCAUUUCAGUGUGGCCAAAAGAAACAAAGGUGGUAGCGAUGGACACGGUCCAGGAGCCGGGGCGGGGGGGCGCAGGUGCACCUCCUCCUUUCCAUGUGCCCCCACGGGAUCAGUGACCCCCGACUGGUCUGAGUGUGAGUGCCCAGCCCUCUCUGCACACACGCAGCCUGGAAGGAGGGAGCUGUGAAGCGCUCAGUGGCAGAUGGAAGACAGCUGGGAAAGCUGGUGGGGCACACCCUGACUUUGGGUGGGAAGCUUGCUCUCCGGGAAGGCCAGUGUCCCGGGAUGAACGCUGCAACAGAAGGCAGCUCCCAUGGAAUGUCUCGGCAGUGAACAAACUCAUCCAAGAAUUUGUGUAGAAAAAUGUCCAAGGGAAGUGUGGAAAAGAUAGCAUUUUUAAGCCACCGUAAUCAAAUUUUUAUGGUAUGGCAUGAGAACAGACCAAGAGGUCAGUGGAAGAGAAUGGAUGGUUGGAAAAGUGUAGCUUAUUUAGCAAAUGGCAUGAGCACGGCUGGCUAUUCAUCUAGAAGAAUAAAGUUGAAUCCCUAUUUUAUAAAAAUAGAUGGAUGGAUUAAAGAUUUAAGUGUGGUGAAUAAGUAAAAAACCAAGAACAAAAUUAUGUCCAUCUGAGGGGUGGGUGUGAGGUUGGCAAACCUGAAGGAGGACGGCCAGAGAGGGUGGAGAGGUAGUUCACAGACAGGGAGCCGGAAUCUUGCCAAACUGGAUGAGGUGAAGGCUGGUGAAAGUAGCACUAGAUCGCCUUACACCCACCGUCCAAACACCUGACAGCGCACCAGCCCGGGUCACGGCCAGAGGGCGGCAAGGGCAGCAAGGAGGGGAAGACAGCCGGGCGCCGCCGAUGGGAGUGCAGGGCUGCAGGCUCCCGGGGAGUAUUCUGCGAACACCUGUAUGCACCCUUCAGCCCUGCGACCCUGGCCCGUGAAAAUGAAAGCGUCCACACUUAGGAGAAUCUCCAUAAGUGGCCUUCAUUGGAACAUUUGCAAUUCAAAAAAAAAAGGAAAAAGGGAAAAAAAAAAACCCCGCAUAUUAUGUGACCCUAAUCAGCAGGUGGAAGUUUGAGUAAAUUAUGGUCAGUCCACAUUCUGACAUGUGCAACCACUUAGAAUUAAGAGGGGCUCCUGGCUGGCUCAGUCAGAAGAGGGUGCAGCUCUCGAUCCUUGGGGUCGUGAGUUCGAGCCCCAUGUUGGGUGUAGAGAUUCCUAAAAAAAAAAAAAAAAAAAAAAAAACCUCUAAAAAAUAAAUCAAUAAGGAAAUAAAUAAGGAAACAAUUUUAAAAAAAUGAAUUAGAGCCACACCCGUUGACACAGAAAGAUUUCAGAAAGGGAUAUGUUGAGUAAGAGGAGUUAAGGUGUCCAUAAGUCUGUACAGAAGGAUUCCAGUUUUGAAAAAUCAGCCAUGAGCAGAAAGCUCCCCUCCCUCUCUGCGUACACCUGUCGGGAUGUGUUUGCCCACUAUCCCGUGGCACCUGUGUUCCCUCAGAGCACCUGACCCCGCGCAGGUCCUGCUGUGGGGGCGGCUCGGCCAGCCUGGUCUCAGGCACUCCGGCUGCUCUCACAGAAUCCCGUGGCCGCUGUGGCUUCUCGGCAGCGGAGAUUUACUGCUCACAGUUCUGGGGGCUGGAAGGCCCGGGCCCGGGUGCCGGCGGGCUGGGGUUCUGGUCGAGUAGUCGCUCCGGUUCCAAGCUUACACAGCUGUCUUCCUGCAUGUACCUCUGUGUAGGUGCGUGCCUUGGAAGGGUCCUGCUGCCCGCUGGUCCCGUGAGGUUCCCUUUCGCUGCCCACUGGGGGGGUGGGGGCAGGGCUGGAGAGGGAUCUGCCGGGGGGGGGGGGACAGGCGCAAACACCCAGAGCCACCCCUGCCCGCCGCUCCCCCCAGCCCUGCAUUGCUUGUGGCUCCGUGGCUGCUCACUGUGUCCCCCGUCCGCACGCAGUCCUCUCCCACCCCCGCCCCUGCCUUCCAGUCCCCGUGGCCUUUGCUGUGUACUCUUGCUGUUCUUCCUCCGUGGGCCACACGGACAGUGGUAGACGACCUCGAGGAUCGUGUACUCGGCACGCCACGCGCCACGUAGUCUUCCGAUUGCUCAGCUUUUAUUUUAUUUAUUUUUUUUAUUAUUAUUUUUUUUUAGAGAGCGAGUGAGAGAGAAACAGCAUGAGAGGGGAGAGGGUCAGAGGGAGAAGCAGGCUCCCCGCUGAGCGGGGAGCCCGAUGUGGGACUCGAUCCCAGAACCCUGGGAUCAUGACCUGAGCCGAAGGCAGACGCUUAACCAUCUGAGCCACCCAGGCGCCCCCGAUUGCUCAGCUUUUAAUGACGGCCUGCUGCCCCGUGUGAUUAGUGCUUGUUGUCUGUUAGAGCACUCUGUAAACACUGCCAAAGGCGACUGCUUUUGUGAAAGUGAAGGACAGGUCCCGAGCGCUGCCAUGCUGUCACGAGGUAUGCGCCCAUUCACCUGCUGAGCGUUUUUCUGAUCGGUUCAUCUUGGUCUAAUUAAUCCUUAAUUUUACCUCAAACACCAGACUGGGGAGUAAAACUCGCUGAAAUAUGAAAAUAUAGCGGUGUUGCUGAACUGCAGCGUGUGGUGACGCAAGCAUCCCCAGGGCGCUGUACCAGAGCAGUAUGGAGUCUUUCCUUGCUUCCGUGCAGCUUUCAGCGGCCUGGAGCGGUGGAGAUUGCGCUUCCAGGGGGAGGGGGCGGGCUGUGAGUGGGGGACCCCCUGCCCAUGGCCGCCAGUCACCACGGGGAGGAGCGGUCCGCCGGCAGCUUGGCACCGGGGUCCCAGCUCCGAGUCCCCUCACCGCGGGACAAACCAGAACAGAAACGCUUUUCUGCUUGUUUCUGAAACAAUCUUUUCUGUUUCUCACAACGGCUGCUCCCUGGGAAUCUGACCUGAUGGGAGAGGAUGUGAAAACCGCGUUUGGAGCGGGGGUCGGCAACCUCCUCCCCACUUGCUUCCAUGGCGAGCUGCACAGGUACUGCCCUAUCCUGCACGAGGGGCAGGUCGGAUUCAGCAGCUGGGGACAGAAAGCCAGUGGCUCCCCGCAUCGCCAGCCAGCACACAAUGAGACGGACUGCAGCUGGGCCCCAUUCGACCAGGACAACUACCAGCAGCUGCUCGGGGCCCUGGAUUACUCGUUUCUGUGCGCCUACGCCAUUGGCAUGUACCUGAGCGGCAUCAUAGGGGAGCGCCUGCCCAUUCGGUAUUACCUCACAUUUGGGAUGCUAGCCAGCGGCGCUUUUACCGCCCUCUUCGGGUUCGGGUAUUUCUACAAUAUCCACAGUUUUGGAUUCUAUGUGGUAACUCAGAUCAUCAACGGACUGGUGCAGACGACCGGCUGGCCCAGCGUCGUCACCUGCCUCGGCAACUGGUUUGGAAAAGGAAGGCGAGGUUUGAUUAUGGGGGUCUGGAAUUCCCACACGUCCGUGGGCAACAUCCUGGGCUCCUUGAUUGCUGGCUACUGGGUGUCCUCGUGCUGGGGCCUGUCCUUCAUCGUUCCUGGGGUCAUCGUGGCAGCCAUGGGGAUAGUGUGCUUUCUCUUUCUCAUCGAGCAUCCGAAGGACAUUGCCUGCUCCUCCUCCCUGGCGGCGCCGAAGGGCUGUGAGAACGGCACACACAGAUUCCGACUGCAGAAGCAGGUCUUCACGGACAACAAGAACAAGCCUCUGGACCCCGAGAUGCAGUGCUUGUUGCUGUCAGGCGGAAAGCACCCCGUCCAUCAGAACCACGUCCUUGUCCUCCCAGCUGAUGGCAGGGGCAGCACGGCCCCCAUCAGCUUCACCGGGGCCUUGAGGAUCCCCGGUGUGAUCGAGUUCUCCCUGUGUUUGCUGUUUGCAAAGCUGGUCAGCUAUACCUUCCUCUUCUGGCUCCCUCUGUACAUCACAAACGUGGAUCACCUGGACGCCAGACAAGCCGGGGAGCUCUCCACCUUGUUUGAUGUGGGUGGGAUCUUCGGUGGGAUCCUGGCAGGUGUGAUCUCAGACCGGCUGGAGAAAAGGGCCUCCACCUGUGGCCUGAUGCUGCUGCUAGCGGCCCCGACGCUCUACAUAUUCUCCACCAUCAGCAAAAUGGGCCUCGAAGCCACGAUCGCCAUGCUGCUCCUCAGCGGGGCCCUGGUCAGCGGGCCGUACGCCCUGAUCACGACCGCCGUCUCCGCCGACCUGGGCACGCACAAAAGUCUCAAGGGAAACUCCCAUGCCCUCGCCACUGUGACCGCCAUCAUCGACGGGACUGGGUCUGUAGGAGCAGCCCUGGGCCCUUUGCUGGCUGGGCUCCUGUCCCCAUCUGGAUGGAACAAUGUGUUCUACAUGCUGAUGUUCGCAGACGCCUGUGCCUUACUGUUCCUGAUCCGCCUCAUUCACAAGGAGCUGAGCUGCCCGGGGUCUGCGACCACGGACCAAGUUCUGUUCAAGGAACACUGACCCCUCGAGUCCCCUGGAGGGAGGCUGGGCCCGUCCCUCACAAACUGUCAAGGCAACGUUCAAAUAAAGGAUCCUGUGUUGGAAAGAAUGAUGUACCCUUGCCUUUUGCACACACACCCGGAAAAGACACAAAAGCCACCCUGAGAAGUCCGGGUCCUACUUUAGGCGAGCCGUGACGCUCACAACAGCAGCAAGGAGGUGCCAGAAGUCUCCACGACGGAGCCUGGGACACACGGCGGGACAGGCAGGCGCCCUGGCAGCUGCUCGGGGCCAGGCGGGUGGCACUCAGGGGAGCCGGGGUCUCUCAGGUGUCUCAGUCUAGAAUGGGAGAGCAGGUGAGCGCCGAUGCCACGGUGGGCGCCAGAAUGCAGCCGGCGCAGGGCCCAGCCUCUGGGAGGAAACUGACGCCUGGAUCAGAACCAAGACGGAACUCAGAGCCGUCCCAUCACCCAGAAGACUUUCCCGGCACCUCGUCCUGCUCUGCACGGGCCUGAGCACCAGCCGGCGGGAAGUGAGCCGCCGAGAAGCCGUCCAGGCCUGCCUGGCAGAGGCCCUGGGAGCCCCUGGACACAUCUGGGGUCCGAGCUCCAAGGUGGCCGCCGCUGCCGUCCUGCGGGUCUCGGGGAGGACGUGACGGGGGCGGGCGGGCCCGGUGCCCUGAUGUGCUUCACCCCUCCACACGCCAGACACCCGGAACUGUCUCUAGCGAGGUAGCACCAGCGUGGGUUUAUUUAUUGAAGAUGUGGUAUGUGUUCUAGACGUUUCAGAAACAUAAAUGGCAUUUUGUUAUUUAUUAAGACAAACUGUUCUCUGGCCAUUUGUUUUCCCACCUGUCGCCAGCAAAAUACUCAUCUGUUCUUUGAAAUAAAGUGGUUUUUUAAAACAA